AUGUUACUUUCCAAUUGUCAAAAGUUUCUGACCAGUAACAGCUUAGGGUCUCAAUUCAGAAGACUAUCUGACUCGGCUAAGCUUUUCUCCCAUGAAAAUCCACUAAAUCCAGAAGCCAAAAAGCUUGGAAUUGGAAGCAAUUUGCCAUCAAGAAAGCGCAUACCCAAUGUCAACAAAGUCAUUGUGGUUGCUUCUGGUAAAGGCGGUGUAGGGAAAUCAACAGUUUCAGUAAACCUGGCAUUAGCACUUCAAAAAUUGGGUAAAAGAGUUGGCAUUCUUGAUGCUGAUAUAUUUGGGCCUUCUAUUCCUAAAUUAUUGAAUCUAGAGGGUGAACCAAGGCUAUCUGAUGAUGGAAGACUAUUACCGCUGACAAACUAUGGUUUGGAAACAAUGUCCAUGGGUUAUCUUAUCAAACCAGAGAAUGCUGUUGUAUGGAGAGGUCUAAUGGUAGUUAAGGCGCUACAGCAACUUUUGUUUGAAGUCAAAUGGAGUAACUUGGAUUACUUGGUGAUUGAUAUGCCCCCAGGUACUGGUGAUGCACAACUUACGAUAAGUCAACAGAUAAAAGUCACAGGUGCAGUCAUAGUAUCAACACCACAAGAUAUAGCGUUGAUAGAUGCGGUGAAAGUACAAAAUAUGAGUUACUAUGUUUGUCCAAACUGCAACCAUGAAUCACACAUUUUUGGGAAUGAUGGUACUAUAAAAGAGGCAAAGAAACAACAUCUUAAGGUGUUGGGGUCCAUACCACUAACAGAGGAGAUUUGUUUACAAUCUGAUAAGGGUAGACCUGUGGUCGCCACAAGUGAAAACGAUACAAUCAAAGAACCAUAUAUUGAGAUUGCCAAAAAUGUUUUAAAUGCUACUGAGUAG